AUGCCUAUCUCACUCCCUCUUCACCAGGGCGGGACGAAAACCCCGUCCCGGCGACCUAUGUUCUUAAGGAUCAUGGCCUUCGGACUGGUCUCCUGGCUGAUCUCUGUGCUGUUCUUCCAACGUUCCGAGAUCAUGGACCUGAUGGAAAAAACAAUAACAACAGAAGAUGCCUCGUCGCAGCAGCCUACUGAGCCCAAGCCGAUGGUCGAAGAGCAAUAUGGUCUGGGCGACCACCCCGCCUUCUCGGACAUGACCCAGCUGAUGGACCUCCCUGCCACAUUCGUCCCAGAGACCGGCAAGAACCGUCAUCCCGGCCGACUGGUGGUCGUUGGCGAUGUCCACGGCAUGAAGGAAGAGCUGCAGGCUCUCCUGCACAAGGUUGGCUUCAACAAGAAACACGACCAUCUAGUCUUGGCCGGGGAUAUGGUCUCGAAGGGUCCGGACUCGCCUGGGGUGGUGGAUUUGGCCAUGAGCCUGGGAGCGACGGGCGUGCGCGGAAACCACGAGGAUCGCAUUAUACUGGCAGCAGCAGACAUGAAGCGCGAGCAAGUCGAAACGGAACUACCUGGGCCCAGCGAGGAUUCGGCAAAGAAGGACGAUGCGCUGGAAGAAGAGAGCUUCAGCCACGGGGACUACAACGAUCGCAGGCUGGUGAAGGCCCUGGGACACAAGCGCAUGAAGUGGCUCAAGGAGUGCCCGGUCAUCCUGCGAGUUGGAAAACUCGGGUCUAUGGGCGAGGUGGUGGUGGUACACGCUGGCUUAGCCCCGGGUGUGAGGUUGGAGAAGCAGGACCCGUCGUUUGUUAUGAGCAUGAGGACGAUCGGCAAAGGAGGCGUACCAAGUGAGGGGAGGAAAGGCAAAGCUUGGACGAAGGUUUGGAACAAGUACCAAAAGACUCUUCCGAAGCAUGAGCGGACCACCGUUAUUUUUGGUCACGACUCCAAGAAGGGCCUCCAGGUCGACAAGUACAGCUUAGGACUGGAUACCAGCUGCUUGAAGGGCCACCGGCUCACGGCUGUCGUGAUCGAAGGUGGCCACUCGGAAUGGACACAUAGACUCGUGCAUGUCAACUGCAAAGAUGGCCGAGGCAAGUAG